UAUUUAUUUUUUUAUUUAUUCCUUAUAUGUCUUCCUUAAUCUUUUUUUCCCAAAUGUUUUUGUUUCCACACACCUCUUUCUCUUGCCUGUCUUUUCUCUUAAUCAUCCCACUUCCUUUCUCUUUUUCAUUUUAUCUCACUGACUCCAACCCAUUGUUGUCCUUUGAUAACCAAGUCAGAGAGGUACACCUCUACACAGAUAAUCACAGAAGAGCGAUGUAUCUGCAAAUGACUAUGGAUGGGAAGGUGUCAGGAAGUGAUGCUCAGACUUGUAACAGUGUGCUGCAGCUGAAAUCUGUCAAUCCAGGCCAUACUGUCAUCCAGGGAAAGUCAUCAUCUCUGUUUCUCUGUGUGGACAGUGGAGGCCAUUUAAGGGGGCAGGGGCAAUACUCAGAGGCCGACUGCACCUUCAGAGAACUGCUGCUGGCAGAUGGAUACACCCGUUUCCUUUCCUCGCACCAUGGAUUUCCUGUGUCUCUGGCAUCAAGACAUUCCCCAGAUCGACACACAGUCCCCUUCACUCGAUUCCUACCACUUAGGAAUACUUUGGCAGGGGACAGUGUGGCUGAACAGCCACCAAACAAUCAGAGAUAUUUCAACUUGGACUCGGAUGAUCUUUUAGGAAUGGGUCUAAAUACUAUGGUCAGUCCUCAGUUCUCAGUGGACAAGUAAAGAAAAUUAAUUGAGAUGUAUAGCUGUAAAUGUAGC